AUGUCAAAAACCCACCUUGAGCUCAAAUCAUACUCAGAAAACCGAGACUUUCUCGCACAGGGAAAGACGGAACCUAGCAGCCGCUCGCAGACUUUGAUCUACCAUGAGAAGGAUAGCCGGUGGUGGAUCAAAGUGACUCUGAUCGGCUCAAUCGCCAACCUUCUCGACAAUGACCAAAUCCAGCAGGCUUCGAAGUGUCAACGCCGCGUGUUAUUCCAAGACCUAGUUAGACGAAUCAACUACGAGCCGCUUCCCCUCAUCGCCAACACCGUGACUGAGCUUAUAGUAGAAGGAGACACGUCGGCAACAGGGCAAAACUCGGAGGUCGGAUUAGUUGGCACCUCUGGCACACUGGAAAUUCUCGAUAGAUCCCUGAAUUACAGAAUCCGAGAAGAUCCCCUUCGUGUCGUCUAUCCUAAGGCCGCCGAUUACGCUUUUUUUCGGAAGAUCAACGAUGAGGAGCUGACACGCGAUACGGAAAUCUCAGACGGAGUAUUUCGGGUAUACAACAACGGGACGCAGUAUAUUCUCAAGAUAGUUGAUUGUCCUUUUUACAAAUCCAAUGGUUUCACUGUCUCUAAGAGAGAGCUGGAUAACCUUGAGAACUUUUAUGGUGCGCCUAAUAUUGUGAAGCCGAGGGGGGUUGUCGUCUCUACAAACCCUUAUAUGACUUCGAAGGAUAGCAAUCGAGAACCAAUUAUGACUGGGAUUCUACUCCCUACAUACCCUGAAGGAUCUUUACGGGAGAUUCUUUCGGAAAACCGUAUGGCAAAGUACGCCUGGAAGAAAUGGCCCAUCCAGAUCGGAACUGCGUUAAAUUGCUUCCAUGAGGCAAACCAAACUCAUAUGGACAUAAAACCUUCAAAUAUCGCCAUUGAUAGCGAAGGAGAUGCAGAGAUCAUCGAAAUCAGCGGCAUUAGCGGGAUAACUCGCGAAUGGUGCUCACCAGAAAUUCGGGAUGAGGCGUCUCCCUUUGAUCUUUCGUUCGAACAACGUCGACUUAAUGACAUUUGGGCGUACGGAAAACUUCUAUCCGAGAUAGGACUGCAUGCAAAGGAUGGCCCAUUCAGGAAUUCUUUGGAGCAGGUUGCAAAGUGUUUAAUGCAAGACAAUUGCCAAUCACGCAUGUCUUUACCAACGGCAAUAUCUCGACUCAAAAGUACACGCCAUCGAAGGUGUACGAUAUUAUAG